AAAACAAACCUAAAUUUAGCAAUGCCUUGUGUCAGUUUGUGGUUACAAACAAAAAUUAAAGUUGAAAAUAAAUAUUGAAAAAAAAAACUACUAAUAUUAAUUUUACAUGGAAAAUCUAACAAUAAUUUAUUUGUAUUUUGCCAUAAAAAUCCAUUGAGGAAACAUAAUGAAUUUGCUUUUUAAUAAAAAACUAUAUAUUGAAUAAAAAGAGAAUGAAGAUUAACUUCAGCACCUUCUAUACAGGAUGAAGAAAACGUAAGAUAAAUAUGAAUAUUUAAACUAAAUCAAUGGUGAUAGCCAAAGAUACAAUGAUUGAAACUAGUUGUCCAAAACUACAUUAUACAAUGAACAAUGAAAUUCAAUCACUUUCGAGUCGCAAUAUCAAGUAAGAGAAAUUCCAGAAUGUGGGAUGGUUGUAGCUGCCAGAGAUAUUCUUCAUACUCUUCCAGGUGUAGUGCUCUGGAGUUCCAUAGUGUUUCACACUUUGAAAGAAUGUGGAUAGAGAUUUUGUCCUCUAUGCAACAAAAUCUGCACACCUCAUUAUCUGCUAAAAGUAAGAGGAAUUUAAUAGAAGAAAUAAAAUCAUCAAGGGCUAGCAGCUAUUUGAAAGCAACAAUAUGAUGCUGAAAAUCUAAAAAACAUAAGUAAGACCUAUGGAAUAAAAAAAAUAAUGAUGACAACUAAAAUGAAAAAACUAAGAACAAUUAAGAGAGUGAGCCUCAGAAAUAGAAUGAAAAGUAAGUAAAUCAAAGAAGAAUUUGAAAUUCAAGGGAUAGGGCCGUAAUUCCCAAAGUGGCCCAGGUGCAACCUCAGGGGUCCACUGAAAACUGUACAACAGAUGAUGAACAUUAAAAGCAACGUAUUACUUUUUUUUUGUUAAAAUUGUUUAUUACGUUCCGGAGUGUAUUGAAUCUUGGACUUCCCUGAUGGCGCUGACUUAAGGCAAUUCAAGUGAAAGUGGUGGUGUGUAUGAGUCUGUGAAAGUUAAAACUCUCUAAGCAUGGCCAUCUAGAUGCGUCAGUCGGCCUGUGAUGUCCACGGGUGUUGUGCAAAGUGAUUCGCGUUCGUUUUACUAUAUAAUCGUAUCUUGUUUUCGGACAUGCGAAUAUUUCGAUACAAAAAACCAUUCUGAUUAUUAUUUAUCGUGAUCUUAUAGUUAGGGUAAGUCGCAACAUCGAAAUUAAUGGAAUUAAGUCAAUAUGAACAGGUUACAUACGUCGAUAUUAGCUCUUGUAAUGAGUAUCUUCUUGAUCCAAGCCUCGGAUCCACCAUACGAAAAACCUACCGGUAGUUUUAUCAAAUUUUUCCCUUUAAAAAUUCCCGCUCUUAUUUACACACCUUUCGUAACUAACGUACAUAAAACAUUAAGCACGGAACUUCAACCACCGACUUUGGAUCCACAAGAACUUCAUCCACCGACUUUGGAUCCACAAGAACUUCAUCCAUCGACUUUGGAUCCACAAGAACUUCAUCCACCGACUUUAAGUCCACAAGAUUAUCAAUCAUCACAGGCCGAUGAUUUAUUUAAGGACCCUACGAUGCCUCACGUAGCAGUGUAUUCAACUUUACAAGAUUUUCCACGAGAUAAUUUCAAUUCCGGUUCAAAUUUACCUUCAUAUCCAUCGGUAGAUGCGGAUCCAUUAAGUAAUCGUACUCAAUUCGAUGGCGACGUUCCAGAAAACUCUUCUUCAUCGAACAACGCCAACGGUUUAACUAAAUUACAUAACUACCUCGUUCAAAUUAACGAUGAAUCACAAACUAACAAGGAAAAAACCGCUUACCAAGAACUAUUAGAACAAGAUUUCGUAAGACCGCUGCUUAAACUUUACGAAAAAGAGAUACACCAGGAUUCGGAUUACUUAACUAAUACUAAUAACCGUAUUUCCAAAGAAAAUAAUGUGGAAAUAACCGCAAAUAAAACAAAGAAAAUAGCCUUAAUUAGAAGAUACGAUUCAAAUAUUGACGAUACUAAAGAUAAAGAACACAUCGGGGAAAUUCUUCCGGCGGAUUUUCACAAAAAUCGAAAACGUGUAUUUUUCGCUCGAAAAUUAAAUCCCGUCGGGUUCAAACCGAGUUUAGAACGUUCGGAAAUCAUUAGAUUUCCCAUGGCGUUUCCAUCGGGCGCGUCAUCCGAAGGAUCGGACGUGUUCGUUACGGAGAACGUUAAUAGGAUUAACGAACAGUAUUAUUCGAGAUCGCCGCGUUUGGGGAUACCCAUUUUGGAACAGUUCCGGAUGCCUAGGAGGUAUAGGGGUUUUAGGGAAGGUUAUUCUGACGGACAGCAAGUUCAUUUCGAUCCUUCUGCUCGUUAUCAGACGGUUUGGUCUUCCAGAAGACCCAGAGUGAUAUUUCCUACGGAGCAAGUUACGUUUAGAGAUCCCAUCAAAAGUCAAGAUGCGGAACCUGAUUGGUUGGCUGGAGAUGGUACUUUGCAGGAUUUACAAGAGCAGGAUAUUAGAGAUAGAGGAUCCGACAAAGUAGUUUGUGCUCCUGGCGCGAGUUGCCAAUUCUUCCUAACCUGCUGGCUCUCGGGAGGGCUGUUGGACCAACCCUGUGACGGUUUAUUAAGAGGAUGUUGUUACAGGGGAAGAGUCGCGAAGAGCGGAGGAAGCGGAUUUUUGGCGAUAGGUACACUAGACGCGCCCCCCGAUACAUCUAAAAACAAUAUCGGAUACCACAAUUCGGAUUUUCGUUGUGGGAUAUCAUUGCCGCAAGCCCAAAGACGAAUUGUUGGUGGAGAAGAAGCUGGUUUCGGAACCUUCCCAUGGCAAGCUUAUAUUAGAAUAGGAUCUUCAAGAUGUGGCGGUUCUUUGGUGAGCAGACGUCAUGUGGUUACAGCGGGACAUUGCGUUGCAAGGGCUAUUCCAAAACAAGUGCAUGUCACUCUAGGAGAUUACGUCAUUAACUCAGCUGUCGAAUCGUUACCAGCUUACACGUUUGGUGUAUCAAAUAUACAGAUACACCCAUUAUUCAAAUUCACACCUCAAGCGGACAGAUUCGACGUGGCGGUAUUGUUAUUAGAUAGAGCGGCUCACAAUCUACCUCACAUCACGCCGAUUUGUCUUCCGCCUAGAGGAGAAAAUUUUUUGGGAGAGAUCGGUGUGGCGGCCGGAUGGGGAGCGCUUAGUCCUGGAUCACGGUUGAGGCCGCAAACUUUACAAGCCGUACAAGUACCAGUUAUUGAAAAUAAACAAUGCGAAAGGUGGCACAGGUCGAAAGGUAUAGCGGUGACGAUCCACGACGAAAUGUUAUGCGCCGGAUAUAAAAAUGGCGGUAGAGACAGCUGUCAAGGAGAUUCUGGUGGUCCGUUGAUGCUUCAAAAAACCGGCAGGUGGUUCCUCAUCGGUAUCGUAUCGGCUGGUUAUUCGUGCGCUCAAUCGGGACAACCUGGAAUUUAUCAUCGAGUAGCACACACUGUUGAUUGGAUCAUUCGUGCUAUUGGUAAUACGAAUUGAAGAACUUUUCGACGAAGAUGAAAAUGAAGCAAAAAUCAUUUCGUUAGAAAAAUAACAAGACGUGAAACUUUUUAUUGAAAAUAUUGUGUGUACUACCUUUGUAACAAUUAAAAUCCAAUUAGGGAUUGUAAACAAGAUGGACAAUUCAUUAUCCAGUACGUUGUAACCAAAGAGAAACAUAUUUGCACAUAGAGGUUCUUUCCUUUAAGUAACAGCGUUUUCAGACGCUGACAAGGCUCAAAUUAAUAUAAGUAAAUUGUUGUUAUUUAGGUGGUUACAUGAAUCAAUGAAUCUUCUUUGGUUAUAAGUUUGCUGCCUGCCUAAACCCCUGCAGAUGAUCUUAAUAACUAACUACCACCGUAUAAUUUUUUGUAUGCAGUCUUUAUAAGAGGUUACCGCUUCUCUUUUAAACCAAGUGGUUAUAACAUAUUUUUUUAGCUCGUGUCAUUAUAGUUAAAGUGUUAGAAGAGAUGAAAAUCGCUAGUAUCGAGUUCCGGGCUGUACGAAUGAUCAAACACGUUCCAGCCUAGUACCUGUAGGAGUUUUUUAGUUACGUUUGCAGUAUAUCGCGAGAAAAAACACAUUUUGUGUGCCUCCAUCUUGUUUAAACUUAGGUACGUUCCAAACACACUGUUUAGUACAACAAAACUCACAAUUACACUGUCUGACGCGCUUGGAGGUAAACCUUCAGUCUCUGAAGAUGAUAACUUUCGAUAACAGUUAUCGAAACGCGCGUGAGACAGUGUAAUUAUGAGUGGUAGGGUGAACAGUGUGUUCAUUAUGGAUAUCACCAACGGUUUCAGAAAUUCCAACUUAGAUGAGGUUGUUUUUAGUGUUGUUUUUCAAUAUUUCAGUAACAACUCCAUGAAUCGAUUGAUUAUUUGAUCGCGUCCUUCAGUAAACUGUUUGACAUAUCUUCUAGUUAUUGAAUCACACGUAAGCUUCGUAGAUUUUCCGACGAAUUACAAUUGGUUCAACUUAGCAUUUAGAAAACGAAGAUCACGUUGGCAAGAACGAUCCCAAAAUAGCGAUCGCGGCGUUGCCGCUGAUACAAUUAGAAACGAGACUUACUCUGUGGAUAAACCUCGUAGAUUUUUUUAUUUUGCAUACAUAGAGCUUUGUAAUAACAUAAUUUUUUUAUGUAAAAAGCAAAUAAAAGAGAGUGAACCAUUUUGCACUCUAGUGGUUCGAGUGGAGAUGUCUGUGGAUCUUGAACUUCUGUAGGUUGAAGUGCGAAGGAAAAACGUGGCUGAGUAGUUGAUUCUAAUAGGGGAGAAAAGAAAAAUAUUUUACUUAUGCAUAUUAUUUCUCAAACAAGGCCAAAAGACAAGAGUUUGCAGAAGUUUCUUCCUGUCAACAGUCUGUAUAAGUAAAGGUCCUCUAAAAAAAGCAUUGGGAAACAAGUUUACUACAGAUUACUGGGGUUUAUCCAGGCACUGACAAAACAGGUCAUGAGACUCCCCCAAACAAGAUAAUCCAAAGAUGGAUUGAAAACAUUAAAAAACAAAUUGAGACUUUAGUAGUAAUGAAGAAUCGUUACUGCAGAAAAGACACCAUUGAGUUAUUUAGUGCCUAAUAUGAAAAAAGGUAUUCUGAGACUCAAGAGAAUGGAAAAAAAAAUCUGGAGAUGAAUAAUUUGGAGCAAACUGCAAGAAAAAUGAUGCGUACACUGCAAAAUAUGAGAACAAAAAGCGAGCUACUGAGCAUAAUACAUUUCUAGGUUCUAAGUAUUCCAGUUUCAGAUGCUACUCAGGAAGAUCAUAAAAGAAAUGAAUAGAUUAAAUAGAGAGAUCGGGGGAAGAGACGAAAAUUCUUAAAUGCAAUUGGAAGAUUUCCCGCCACAUCGAAAUAAAGUGCAUUUGAACUGCCACAUAUGUUUUCUUCGAUUGAAUUUUUUUUUUCAAAUCAAAUUAGUAAAUGAAGAAACAGAAAAAGUCAACGUUAUUCAAGUUCGCUGUUUUACCGAUACGACCGCGGCAUAUGCUUUUCAGAGCUGUUCAAGACAAUCCGACCUACUCGACAGGCAGACGUGGUCGAGUUUGCCUGCAGAAGCCCAGAACUUCAAUUUAUCGGGACUAAUUUCGAGAAGUGCAAGCCUACAACCUACAGAAGUUCAAAAUCGUCAAGCCAACUCGAACUUAUCAUCGAGUUGGCCUGCAGAAGCCCAGAACUUAAAUUUAUCGGGACUAAUUUCGAGAAGUACAAGCCUACAAUCUACAGAAAUUUAAGAUCGUCAAGCAUAACUCGUAUUUAUCAACUUUACGUUUUGUAGCCCUACUAUUUUUGAUAGUUCUUUUAUUUCAGGGGUGCAGUGGUGACUGUAGAUAUUAAACUGAGCUUUAAUCUCGUGCAAACUUAAUUCCUAUGUCCUUAACCUCUAAUAUUUAAUUAGAGUGUCUUUUAAUAUAAUUUGAGGAAUUCGUCCAUCAUUAUCAUUGAUUAUCGCAGUUUUUCUCUUCAUUAUUACUCAAAAUUUCAUAAAAUGAUGAUACAGAGUCUCUAUAUACAACGUACACUCGUUCUCAAAAUGAAAAGUUUCGUCUUGUUUUUUUUCCCGUCCGGACAGAUUUUAAAAAAUAUUGAUUGUAAUAAGAUGAAUUGUCAUUUUUUAAACACCCUGUAAAUAUUUAAUAAUUUAAAUUUUUCCUAAUUUAUUGUAGAUAUUUAUAAAAUUAAGAACUGAUGAUAAAUAAAAUGUAAAUAAUUAUUUA